AGUUAAAGAUAGACACAGUAUACACUAGGAUCUGGAGGCUGGAUUCCACCCUCGUGCCUCUCGCUAGGAUUUCAGAGUCCUGUUGUAAUUAACCAUUUCGUUAAGGUUGGUUCUUUCCGCGAAUGUGCUAAGAAUUCACAUAUGUCCUGGGCGUCCUGGAAUUAACAGGAUUCUUUAAGAGACCAUGGUGUACAUACUCUAGGAUAAGUGAGAUUUACACGUCCCUGGAUGAAACGCUUGGAAAGUCUGUAAAUGCCAGAAUCUACUGCCGUUUCAAAGAAAAGAAGAUAGAUGGUUUUGGAAAGUUCAUGCUGUUUCUUCAUUGAAUUUUAGAAUGAUUGAAGAUAGUGGGAAAAGAGGAAAUACCAUGGCAGAAAGAAGACAGCUCUUUGCAGAGAUGAGGGCUCAAGACCUGGAUCGUAUCCGACUCUCCACCUAUAGAACAGCAUGCAAGUUGAGGUUUGUUCAGAAGAAAUGCAAUUUGCACCUGGUGGACAUUUGGAACGUCAUAGAAGCGUUGAGAGAAAAUGCUCUGAACAACGUGGACCCAAACAUGGAGCUCAGCGUGGCCCGAUUGGAGGCUGUGCUCUCCACCAUCUUUUACCAGCUCAACAAAAGGAUGCCAACCACACACCAAAUCCAGGUGGAGCAGUCCAUCAGCCUCCUGUUAAACUUCCUGCUGGCAGCCUUUGAUCCGGAAGGCCGUGGUAAAAUUUCAGUAUUUGCUGUCAAAAUGGCUUUAGCCACUUUGUGUGGAGGGAAGAUCAUGGACAAGUUAAGAUAUAUUUUCUCAAUGAUUUCUGACUCCAGCGGGGUGAUGGUUUAUGGACGAUACGAUCAGUUCCUACGGGAAGUUCUCAAGCUACCCACUGCGGUUUUCGAAGGUCCUUCAUUCGGUUACACAGAACAGUCAGCGAGAUCCUGUUUCUCUCAACAGAAAAAAGUCACCUUAAAUAGUUUCUUGGACACGCUCAUGUCAGAUCCUCCCCCGCAGUGCCUGGUCUGGCUGCCCCUUCUGCAUCGACUGGCAAAUGUAGAAAAUGUCUUCCACCCGGUCGAGUGUUCAUAUUGCCACAGUGAGAGUAUGUUGGGCUUUCGCUAUCGAUGCCAACAGUGUCACAAUUACCAGCUCUGUCAAGACUGCUUCUGGAGGGGACAUGCUGGUGGUUCCCAUAGCAACCAGCACCAAAUGAAAGAGUACACGUCCUGGAAAUCACCUGCUAAGAAGCUAACCAAUGCAUUAAGCAAGUCUCUGAGCUGUGCUUCCAGCCGUGAGCCCUUGCACCCCAUGUUCCCUGACCAGCCUGAGAAACCACUCAACUUGGCCCACAUCGUGCCACCGAGACCUGUAACCAGCAUGAAUGACACCCUGUUCUCCCACUCUGUCCCCUCCUCAGGAAGUCCUUUUAUUACCAGGAGUAUGCUUGAGAGCUCCAACCGGCUUGAUGAAGAGCACCGGCUGAUCGCCAGAUACGCGGCCAGACUGGCGGCAGAGUCCACUUCGUCUCAGCCGACUCAGCAGAGGAGCGCCCCUGACAUCUCCUUCACCAUUGAUGCAAAUAAGCAACAAAGGCAGCUGAUCGCAGAACUAGAAAACAAGAACAGAGAAAUCCUACAGGAGAUCCAGAGGCUGCGGCUAGAGCAUGAACAAGCUUCUCAGCCCACGCCAGAGAAGGCACAGCAGAACCCCACUCUGCUGGCAGAGCUGCGGCUCCUCAGGCAGCGCAAGGACGAGCUGGAGCAGAGAAUGUCCGCCCUCCAGGAGAGCCGGAGAGAGCUAAUGGUCCAGUUAGAAGGUCUCAUGAAACUACUAAAGACCCAGGGGGCAGGCUCCCCCCGAUCCUCCCCUAGCCACACCAUCAGCAGGCCCAUCCCCAUGCCGGUGCGGUCCGCGUCCGCCUGCUCCACCCCGGCCCACACGCCUCAGGACUCACUCACGGGGGUAGGGGGAGACGUACAAGAGGCGUUUGCACAAAGCUCGAGAAGAAAUUUAAGGAAUGACUUACUAGUAGCAGCAGAUUCCAUCACUAACACCAUGUCCUCUCUCGUGAAAGAGCUGAAUUCUGAGGUGGGGAGUGAAACUGAUAGUAACGUGGAUUCUGAAUUUGCACGGACUCAGUUUGAAGAUCUGGUCCCAUCACCAACCUCUGAAAAAGCUUUUCUAGCACAAAUCCACGCCAGAAAACCUGGGUACCUUCACGGUGGAGCUACCCCGAGCACCAUGCGUGGGGACAUGGUUACAGAAGAUGGGGACCCCUAUGUGCGGCCAGAGGAUGAGAACUAUGAAGAUGACUCUGUCCGGCAGCUGGAGAAUGAGCUGAAGAUGGAGGAAUACCUAAAACAGAAGCUACAGGACGAAGCCUACCAGGCAAGUUAUAGUCAGACAGAUGCAAGUAACAGGAGAGCUGGUGAUGAAGGACACAGCUGCACCCCCAGAGGAGAAGACGGCAGCCUGGCAGCAGCCUCAGCUCAAGGAACAGAGGACCCACCACAUGCAGCCGCUCCCGACAGACCCCCGCCCCCUAAAGACUGUGUUCUGCCGACUGUAGUGCAGCUAACUUUUUGUUCUAAGUUUUGUAGUUCAUAGACGUGUGUUUUGAGAAGGAAAAAAAGAAUAAUAAGACUUCUGUUCAAAGCUAACUUAUCAGCUACAUCUUCUGUAACACGGCUCAUCCCUCGAAAUGAAAACACAGGCUGAAAUCCCAUGCUGCUGUUAAACUCGCAAUGGCAGUAUUAACAAGCAUCUUACCUUUGCACAUGAUAUUGAACCUGGUCAGUUUACAACGACAUUACUAAUACUGUUUAUAGCUAGGAGUUUCAUUUCUGAAUUCUCUGAGAUUUUAGCAAAACAGUUGAUUAUAUACACUGUACAUUUUUUUUUCCACAGCAACUGGAAAAAAAGCAACCACUUGCAGUUAUUCACUGAGCCUAAAGGAUUUGGUUCCCGAGGGUACAGACUCAGAGCCCCAAAGCCAAGAAGGGUCCUUGGCCUGCAUGGUCUGCACUUGUCUCCAAGCCUCUGAGAGCAGAGGCUUGAACCAAACCCACCAGGAGAAUCCAAUCUCUGCGGCUUCUUUCCAACUUGGGGUUGUUUUCUUUCAAGAUACUUUUAGCCUAUCAGCCAUAGAAUUUAGUGUAAAUAUUUUUUUUUUCCAAAUAGAGAUCAUAUUCCAAAAAAAAAAAAAAGGCAACAUUCAAAUUAUAUAGAAUCUAGUUUUUAAAAUCAGCACAGCUCUUCUUAAAAACUGUGAACUCUGUUUUGAAAUACUCGUUACUAAAGCUGUUUAUAAACCACAGGUGCCAUAAGAUCCCCGCAAUGGACUCAAGUUAUCUCUGCUCUUCCACGGCUGGUUCCUUUCGGUUUAGCUUUAGGGAGCAUGUUUCUAACAGCACCGCUCAUCCACUAGUUCCCCUAUCAGGUCGUUUGGAGGCCUUUCAGCUUUAAAUGUACAGGCUUAAAGUGCGCUUGCAAACGUUUGCUCUCCUUUUCUUUCUGAAUGUGUUUUGCCUUAGCUGGCUACCUGGUGUUCUGCAUGCAGCCUCCUGUGGUCACGUGAGAGGAAACAGGCUUUCCUAAGUGGAGCUGGGAUUUUGCACUCUGUGAAAAGCUGAUGUGCAAAAGAACGGUCAAGGAAGGGAGAAUGAAUGACUCUGUUGAUGGUCCUUUCUGAGGGCCCUCUUUGGGGAGCACCAAAGACCUCCCUUUGGGAUUCUGGGGAAAUGAAAAAAAUAAUCUUCUACUUGUUUCAAGAUUUGAUGAAAUAAAAAUCCUGCAAUAUAGUAGAUACAUUAUCCUUUAAUUGGCAGCUUCUCUGAAUUCCUGUUUCUCCUUUAAAAGAAAGAAGAGAACAUCAUUCUAGAACAGUGGCUCUUGAAAUGCGGUCCCUGGCCAGCAUCACCUGGGGAAUUUAUUAGAAAUGCAGAUUCUUAGACCUUAACCCCAGCCCUACUGAAUCAGAAAUGGGGUUGGGGCCCCGUCAUCUGUGUUUGAACCUUCCAGGUGAUUCUGAUGCAUGCUGAAGCUGAAGAACCACUGCUUUAGAAGAAAGUUGUGUAAUAAAAUCUCUGAAAAGGCCUUACUCAGAAUAAGCAAGAAAGGUUCUAAGUCAUCCUCAA